CAUUCUGUGGCUUCCAAUUAUUCAAUAACUUCAAGAAAGGAAGUUGCCAGGAAAAAGAGAGUAAGAGACCCUUUUUAGCUUUAUUAGAAAACCUCCGCCUACAUUUCAGCUAUAUUACCCUACUUUCUUUUUCUUUUUCUUGUACAAGACUGAGAGUUUCUUGAUCUCAUAGACAAUAUGAGUAUAGGAGUGGUGAAAGUGAAACAAGUGGUGGCUUUGGCUAUACUUUUAGUUGGCCUUUGUGGGAAAUGGGUUGGGGCAGAGGUGCACCAUGUGGUUGGAGGAGAUCGUGGUUGGGACCCUUCUACUGAUGUGGGUUCUUGGUCUUCCGGUAGAACUUUUAGGGUUGGAGAUAAAAUUUGGUUCACAUACUCCAUGGUACACGGAAAUAUAGCUGAACUCAAGACCAAAGAAGAAUACGAAUCGUGCGAUGUAACAAACCCAAUCAGAAUGUACACGGACGGCUUAGAUAAUAUCCUGCUUGAAGAGGAGGGGAUCCGCUAUUUCGUAAGCAGCAACUCGAAAAGCUGCAAGAAAGGCUUGAAACUCCACGUCGAGGUGAUGCCACAGCGGACACACGAUCAUGAUCCUGACUCUCAAAAAGUCAGUACAUCAGAGGGAUCUGCUUCGACCUUUGCUGAUGGGCCAACUCCUUCUGGUACAGCCAACCUAGGUGCAAGUUAUGUUUUCUUGGUUGCUGGAUUUUGGCUGUCCUAUUUAAUCUUUAUGGGUAUUUAGGUUCAAGUUAAAUUAUGGAGCGCUAUGUCGUCUGUUUAAUAGGUACUUGCGAUUGUAAUAGCUUGUGAUUUAAUUAUCUAAUGCAAAAUCUUUGAAUUAACGAUAAGAUUAUAUAUUUUUCAUGGAAA